GAUGCGCCGCCAUUUUUGCGCUCCCUCUGCCGUGCAGUGACAAUAACAACCCGGCCGGGCCGUCCCCCCUCAGGGAGCGCGGGCACAGGCGGAGAGGGGGGAGCGGGGCUCGAGCGGAGCGGCCGCGGGGCAGAGCAGGAGGCGUGUGGGGAAAGCGGCUGGAGCCGAGGCGAGAGGGAGCCGCGCUCAGCCUUCCCCGCUGCUGCUCGGCGGAGACCAGGCGGCCGGAGCAGGAGGGGAGAAGCAAGGAGAAGCCGGGGAAGCGGGCAGCCGUGGGGAAUUCUGCUGCUCGAGAGAAUUGAAAGGAACCGGUGGGCGGCGAGAGGCAGGAACGGAAACGCUCCGCUGGGAAAGGAGUAAAAGCAGAAAGGCAGAGACAAACUGCGACAAGAACCAAAGUAACAAAGAAGAGGGGAAUAGUAGAUAAAGUGAUUCUACCGAUAAAGAAGAACGCGAAGGAGAAGGAAUAUACAGAAGGACUCCACUGAUGAGAAGGAGGAGUUGAAAGACACCCCCCCCGCGAGAGGCAGCAGACAGAGACUUGACUUUAAAACUCUCCCCGUCUCUUUGUCACACCACAAGGAUUUGAUGCCCCUCAGCCUGUUCACUUCUGUGUGUUCAUGUUUCCCACAGGUUUCUCUUCCCCCAACCCCCCAGCUGCAGCCCAGGAGGUCAGACCUGCCACUGAUGGUAAUACUAGCAGCAGCUCCUCCUGCAAGAAGAGAAAGUUAAAUAACAGCAGCAACAGUAAUUCCGAAAAAGAAGAAUUUGAUUCCAUUUCUUCCUGCACCUCUUCUCCUUCCAAAAACACCUCCUCAUCAUCUUCCUCUGUCAUCACCACUUCCUCGUGCUCCUCCUCAGGGGUUGCUUCCUCCAACCAUCACCUCCAGAAGAAGCUGCGCUUUGAGGACUCCGUGGAUUUUAUUGGACUCGAUGUGAAGAUGGCUGAAGAGUCUUCUUCCUCCUCCUCUCCUGCUGCCUCUUCUCAGCAGCAGCACCAGCAACAGCUUAAAAAUAAAAGCCUUUUAAUUUCGUCAGUGGCUGUGGGGCACCAUGCAAAUGGCCUGACCAAAGCUGCCUCCUCUACUGUUUCCAGUUUCGCCAACAGUAAACCUGGCUCUGCCAAGAAAUUAGUGAUCAAGAACUUUAAAGAUAAACCCAAAUUGCCUGAAAACUACACAGAUGAAACCUGGCAAAAACUGAAAGAAGCUGUAGAAGCUAUCCAGAACAGUACUUCAAUUAAGUACAACUUAGAAGAGCUCUAUCAGGCUGUUGAAAAUCUCUGCUCCUACAAGAUCUCUGCAAAUUUGUACAAACAAUUGAGGCAGAUCUGUGAAGACCACAUUAAAGCACAAAUUCACCAAUUCAGAGAGGAUUCAUUGGAUAGUGUCCUUUUUCUAAAGAAAAUAGACAAAUGUUGGCAAGAUCACUGCAGACAAAUGAUUAUGAUUAGAAGUAUCUUUCUGUUCUUGGAUCGAACUUACGUACUUCAGAACUCAAUGCUGCCAUCUAUUUGGGAUAUGGGGCUAGAAUUGUUCAGAACUCAUAUAAUCAGUGAUCAGAAGGUUCAGAACAAAACUAUUGAUGGCAUUCUUCUGCUGAUCGAGAGGGAAAGAAAUGGUGAGGCUAUCGACAGGAGUUUGCUGCGAAGCCUUCUGAGUAUGCUUUCUGACUUGCAGAUUUAUCAGGACUCUUUCGAGCAUAGAUUCUUGGAAGAGACUAAUCGCCUGUAUGCAGCAGAGGGACAGAGACUUAUGCAGGAACGAGAGGUUCCAGAAUAUCUUCACCAUGUCAACAAGCGCUUAGAAGAAGAAGCAGACAGAAUAAUCACUUAUUUAGAUCAGAGCACACAGAAGCCAUUAAUUGCUACGGUAGAAAAGCAACUUCUAGGUGAACAUUUAACAGCCAUUCUUCAGAAAGGUCUAAAUCACCUUCUUGAUGAAAACCGAAUUCAAGACCUGUCUCUUCUGUAUCAGUUAUUCAGUCGUGUGAGAGGUGGAGUACAGGUUCUCUUGCAGCACUGGAUUGAAUACAUAAAGGCAUUUGGUAGCACUAUAGUGAUUAAUCCUGAAAAAGACAAAACCAUGGUCCAAGAACUUCUUGAUUUUAAAGACAAAGUUGACCAUAUCAUUGAUGUUUGCUUUCUCAAGAAUGAGAAGUUUGUAAAUGCCAUGAAAGAAGCCUUUGAAACAUUCAUUAACAAAAGACCAAAUAAGCCAGCUGAACUCAUAGCUAAGUAUGUAGAUUCAAAGCUUCGUGCAGGCAACAAAGAAGCUACUGAUGAAGAGCUUGAAAAAAUGCUGGAUAAAAUUAUGAUCAUAUUUAGAUUCAUAUAUGGAAAAGAUGUCUUUGAGGCCUUUUAUAAAAAAGAUCUAGCAAAGAGACUAUUAGUUGGGAAGAGUGCAUCAGUAGAUGCUGAAAAAUCUAUGCUUUCCAAACUCAAACAUGAAUGUGGCGCUGCUUUCACCAGCAAACUUGAAGGAAUGUUUAAAGAUAUGGAGCUUUCAAAAGACAUAAUGAUACAAUUCAAACAGUAUAUGCAAAAUCAGAAUGUCCCUGGCAACAUUGAACUAACAGUGAAUAUUCUGACUAUGGGUUAUUGGCCAACCUACGUGCCUAUGGAGGUCCAUCUGCCCCCAGAGAUGGUAAAACUGCAGGAGAUUUUCAAGACCUUUUAUUUAGGAAAACACAGUGGUAGGAAACUUCAGUGGCAGUCAACACUAGGACACUGUGUACUAAAAGCAGAAUUUAAAGAGGGCAAGAAAGAACUUCAGGUCUCCUUGUUCCAGACACUGGUGCUGCUCAUGUUUAAUGAAGGAGAGGAGUUCAGUUUAGAGGAGAUAAAGCAAGCCACUGGGAUAGAGGAUGGAGAGCUGAGAAGGACCCUUCAAUCUCUGGCUUGUGGCAAAGCCAGAGUACUUACUAAAAGCCCCAAAGGCAAAGAUGUAGAAGAUGGUGAUAAAUUCACAUGUAAUGAUGAUUUCAGACAUAAGCUCUUCAGGAUAAAAAUCAACCAAAUUCAGAUGAAAGAAACGGUGGAGGAACAGGCAAGCACUACAGAGAGAGUGUUUCAGGACCGGCAGUACCAAAUUGAUGCCGCCAUUGUGCGGAUCAUGAAGAUGCGCAAGACACUGAGUCAUAACCUGCUUGUGUCAGAGGUCUACAACCAGCUGAAAUUCCCAGUCAAGCCUGCUGACCUUAAGAAGAGAAUAGAAUCCUUGAUUGACAGAGACUACAUGGAAAGAGAUAAAGAAAACCCGAAUCAGUACAACUAUAUUGCAUAAACAUAUGUUGGCCUUUGUUUUACUGCACACUUGGUGUCCUACACAGUUGCCAGUGGAUAAACUAGCCUGUUGAUCCCGUUAAUUGACUUUUUAUACUACCGAUGAUUGAAUGAAAGCGGUGUAAUGGAAAAGUAUAGUAGAGUGGACUUCUUUCAGUGGUUAACAUGCCCAUUUAAAGAGUACUAUUUACAUUUUAAGAAGAAUGCUGUUGAACUCUUUGCAUGUUAUUUAGUAAGAUGUGCAGAAAGCUGAAAGGAAGUACCUGGUCUUUCUGAUUCCAUUUGUCUCUGGGUCUGAAGAGAAGUCCCUUGAUAAUAGAUAUCUUUCACAUCUUUGAAUGGAAACAGAAGGUUCAUUAAUAUAAGAAAAUAGCCUCUAAAAUGCUUAAACUGCAUGCAAACUUUUAAUUUACUGUACAGAAUGCAUUUCAGUUAUACAUACCAUUGAUUUGGUUGGUGCCCGCACUUGGAUUUUUUUCUCUUAAGGAGGUAAAAUGAGGAGUAAGCCAAGCUAUGCUUUUUGCUAAUCUAAUGGAAAAUAUUCUUGGUUGCAAUUAAGACAAAAUGGUGCCAAUAUAAAACGAUGUAUAAAGUUUGCAGUGUGGGCAUAUAUACUGUAUAUACAGACACCAUUCUUAAAUAACUGCUACAACAAAGCAAGUUCAGAUUAGAUUUAUAUGGCUUGCCUGUGAAAAUUGGUGUUCACCUUGGGGAAUUUUAAGCAUAAAACAGCCAUAAUGGAAGAAGUGACAGUUUUUACUAGUUAUGGGUAGGAGGCCUUCACCUUUUGGCAGCAAUACUCUAGAAUAAAGAGACUCUGUUAAGAGAUGAAAAGCCACACUUGUUUAUUGUGGUGAAGCUGUAAGAACAAAAAUUGCAAAUGGAUUUUAAUACUCGUUUUGCUUUGCAACAUUCUAAACUUGAACUAACCUCAAGGUUUAGACAGGGCAGUUCUUCUAUGGCUGCCCUGCUUUGGAUUGCUUUAACUUAAAGCUUUAAGAACUCAGCCCUAGAGCCUUGCAGGCCUCCUAGAACCCAGAAGCCUACCUCUCAUAUAGUAAGUUUAAUAUUGCUACAAGGCAUCUAAAAUAUAUUUUCUUAGAUGACCAGAGAGCAUUCUUUGCAUCUUUAUAAGACAUGGGAGAGUAAGUCACUUGAAUGUAGAGCUUUGUUUCAACAAAAUGCUUUUUUUUAUUGCUUAUAGCAGCAUGUGCCAGGAAUAUAUGGGAAAAAAAAACGGUGUCAGCAGAAAAGGAACUCCUCCAUGUACCAUUUCUUCCUUACCCCGCCAGGCUUUAGACCUAUGAUCAGCUGUGUUGCAGAGCACAAUGAAAAACCUUAUCCUCUUUCAGGCACUGAUAGUCCUGGGGAAUACCAGAUAUGAAAGCAAGAUGUUACUUUUGUUUAAUGGCAGUGUAACUUAGCUCUCUAUGACCUAUAACUUCUAUCACUGUGAUCCCACAUUCAGGGGUGCGCAAGUGUGAGAGUGCGUGUGUGUUUUCUAUCUGACACAUCCCAUCUUUAGUGGUUUCUUUUAAUCUGCUGUUUAAUUCCAUAUAUUCUCUAGCCAUGUUUUCUCUCAGGCUCUUUUGUAUGCAGUCCUCAGCUGACAGAUGAAACAAAUCUGGGUGGAUUUUUCCUACUAACUUAUUUGCAGUCACCCUCAGCUAACUGUUACACAGCUCUUUGUGAUCUGCAGAAAAUCUACCUUGCCCCUUGACACUAUUGCAGCAUAACCACUGGUAGACAUCCAGGACGACCCCUGCCUCUAUGAGACAAAUACUGACAGUAGAGUUAUGUGGUAAGAACCUUGAAGAUUCCUGCAAAUCUUCAACUAUCAGUUCAAAUAGAGAUCCAUUGGGGAGGAAAGAAUGCCCCCACCAUUAAAAAAACAAACAAACAAACAAACCAAAACACCUUCUGUGUUUCACAUUCAGUGUUCCUUUUCUUGUAUGUGUUUUGUAUCUUCAGCCAAUAAAAGAUUCCUUUUAAAGAGAAUUGGAGAAGAAGCAUAAGACUUAACUUUUUGGAAGACAGGAGCUGAUGUAUUGAGCUGGUUCCAUUCAGUGUGUUGUAGCAUAUAAAUCUGACACCACUACACAUGUGAACACCUGUUGUGGUAAAACCCUUCCUCAUUACACAAGUGUCACAUUCAGUCAAACGAACUGCAAAGGACUGUAGGUUUAUUUCAUUUUUAUCCUGUCUAUUUCAGUAACUUUAAUGCAGAAAAUACUAUACAGAAAAUGUCCUCAAAUCUCAUCAGAAUUCACCAUCUGAGGCAGACCCUAAGCGCAAUCCAGUUAAAGCAACCCAAAGAAUGAACUUUGAGAACCCUAGCUAGACCAGGAGGGGAUGAGCAAGGGGAGGGGAGAAGGCUUCUUGUAGCUUCAUGGGUUUUCCCCAAGAACUUGUUCAUCUCUUCUGCUAAGGUCUUGCUCAUUCCUGGUUAAUGACAAAGCUGCAGCCAAGAUUUGUCGUCAUACAACUCUGCAAAUUCUUGCUGGGAUCGUGUGCCUGCUUAUUGAGCCAUAUAUAUCUCUGUAAGAAAACCUGAAAUGGGCUUGGACCACAACUCAUCUGGCUAGAAUACAGCUUGUCUUUUUGGCCACACAUUUUUAAUCUUGACUCUUGCAUGCAGUUUAUAGCACCUUGUUCAUAAGAAAUUGCAGUUUAUUCCUAGAAAUAUAUAUUUUAGGGUUUUUAAUCUUUAUACCCAUAAAUGGACUAUUUUUUUGUCUUGGCUGGUUUCAAAAGUGACCAUUUUGUUCAAAUGCUGUAAUUGCAGAUGUGUUGUAAACGUUUUGUUCUAUAGUUUACACAAAGGUGCCAAAGUAAAUAGUUAAUUAAAAAAACAAAACAAACCCUAG